AUUUAUUUUUUUUUUUUGAUCGUUUAGAUGCCUCGAAGCGCUAACGUACUGUUUCCGUUUAUGUUGAACUUAAUUACGUAUACAUUUGGUGAGUGAAAAUAAAAAGUUUCUCGGGCUUUACAAAGUCUAGCAAUGGUGAAGUUCUUAUCAACACUCAACCGCAAUCCGGACAUUACGGUUUGUUUGGUGAGAAGUUUAGUUUUAUCCGGAAUACAGUCUAGCAAGUGAGCGUGCAAGAAAAUGAGCGUGCGUUCCGUUUUGGGCGGUCUCCUUCUCCUAAGUUUGACGUCGCAUGCCCAGGGCAUUAAAUGCUACGAAUGCAAAUCAAACUCGAUGGUGACGAACUUAGACUGCGAAAUGGGUGUGUCCCGUAGCAAACCACAAACUUGUCCCCCCACAACCAAAUUUUGCGACUACGUAAAAAUCAAACUCGAUGCUGGGCUAGUUUUCAGCAUGAUUUAUCGUGGUUGCGGCGAAGAUUCGGCUUGGAUGCCAAACAACGUAGGUUUUGAGGACAAGAAAUUAGGAAUUGCAACUCUAUCCUAUCGAUCGUGCAACAAAGAUCUCUGCAAUGGUGAUGUUUGGGACAAAUCUCUCUAUAACAACUCGAAAGAUUCUCAUUCUUGCGACACACGUCUUCUCCUGCUGGCCAUUUUGACUUCCUUAUGUUUAGUCCUCAAUUUUUAGGUGCCUUCUUUAUGCAACCAUUGAUCCGUAAUGUAUCUCCCUGAAAGUCUCCUAUGAACUGCUGACAAUUCUCUUAUCUAACAUAGUAAAACUUACAAAAGUUAUGUGUAACGCUGAUAGGGUACGUGAGCGGGUACGUAAAUGUACGAAUGAAAACUGA